AUGGCAUCAAUUGCACGAUCUCUGCGACCAGUGGCUUUGCGCCUCGCACAGAGCUCAAAGGCGAGAGUCGCCGCGUCGAGCGCUUCCCCCAUCGCCAUCCGCGCCUUUUCCGUGUCCAGUGCUGUGCAAGUCAAGAAGUUUACCAAGGAUCACGAGUGGAUCGAGCUUUCCCCAGACAACAAGACCGGCACCAUUGGCAUAUCACAGUAUGCAGCACAUGCUCUCGGCGAUGUCGUCUACGUCGAACUCCCAUCCACACCCUUAGAGGUCGCCAAGGGCGAUACAAUUGGAGCAGUGGAAUCGGUGAAGUCCGCUUCAGAUAUCAAUUCGCCCAUCACAUGUACAAUCACAUCCGUUAACGAGCUGCUGGAGGAGACGCCCUCAGCUAUCAACAAGGGCCCUGAGGACGAUGGAGCUGGCGGCGGAUGGAUCGCGAAAGUGGAGGUCGGCGAAAAUGGAGUGAAGGAUUUGGAAGAGUUGAUGGACGCGGCCCAAUAUAAGGCGUUUACGGAGGAAGCAUAG